AUGAUUUGGAACCUGGUACGGGGAGGGGGCAGGGACAUGACGUCGCAAGCUCAUCACUUCAUAACCCGAAGCCCCAAUCAGUUGGGCGGACCUCAGCAUGUGGCACUUCAGCCGCAACGGAAUUCAGAGCCCAUUCUUGGAAAUUCCUACAAGAGUCUCUACGAUGAAAGACACGCUGAUAUACGUCUGAUUCGAGGCGCCGACGGGCAGACCUGCCCGUUGAUUUACAACAACCUCCAGCUGAGGGAGCCCCCGAGGAUUCCCUCGAGGCCAGAAAUGCCUCCGCCUACGCGUGACGUGCCUCGCAUCGUGCCGCUGCCUUCGCGACGGCCUCCCCCGCAACCUUCCCGUCCUCUUCCGCCUGCAGCCGUACCGCCGAGUCAUCCAGUCGCAGCUCAAACCCGCUUCAGCGAGAUCCGCGCGCAGCAGCCUGUGACGGAGAAUAAAAGUCUCCAUCUUCUAGCCUCCGAGCCCAGCGAGAAGAUGACGACGGCCACCGCUGUACCGAUGCUGCCCUCGACUCCUUCGAUCCGAGCGACAUCCGGCGCUUCCCAGAACGGCGUCACCCGAAGUCCGAAGAUCCAACAUCCGAUGGCGAAUUCGCAGAUUCUUCCCGCGAGAGUCCAGGAGAAAUUCGUCAGUUUCGAUGACAGUGUCAGAAGCUACAGUCCCGACAGCUGCGCGACUUCCGAUACUCCUCGAUCGACGCCCGACUCAAAGUCGCUGUCCAGAAGUCUCUCCCAGGGUGCGCGCUCCUUCCAAGACGACAUGUCGUCUUCUUCGUCGUCGUCAUCGUCGCCGAUCGCUGAGUCGGACAAAGCGAAAGCGAGUCGACGAUUGUGGUCAUUCAGUCUACCCCGCUUCAAGAAAAACAAUCCAAAGACUCUGACCGAUCAAUCGACGCCGAGCUUGGAACAGAGGGGCCAAACACUGCCGCGAAUGACGUCCAGCGUCGAAGCCACAGACGAACGAACUCUGCCAGGGAUUCUCAAAAAGUCGGCAUCGUUGACGUCCAUCAACGAGCUGGAACAGAGUCGGAAACUUUCGACCAAGUCGAGCGCCAGCCAAUCCGACCUGCAGCACGCUUUGGUGACCUCUCCUCAGAACUACAGGGACCCUCAGACCAACGAGGAAUACCAACGGCAGAUCGUUUUCCACACGAGUAACGAAUUCGAGAAACAUUACGUCAUGCCGCCUCGCGCUCUCCGAAAAUACAUCAAGACGAACUUCCGAAGGCUCAACAACAACGUUCAGACACCAACGAUUACGAAAGCGGAGGUCCAGACGGUUCUCGAGGCGGUUUCCGCCGAGGCAGAACCUAAGACCGAAACCAAGUCGCCGGUAGAACGCGAUUACGAGUCGGGAAUCUCCUCCGGGAGUUCGGCGACCGACAACGAGUCUCAUUCGAGCUUCGGAAACUGUGAAAACCUAGCUGCCGUUCCAAAGAUUACCGAAACCGCAGACCCUGCGGAUACCCCCCAGGUGGUGGCGAUCAAGUACAAACCGCCUCCUUGUCCGCCGGAGCCUGUGAGCGAACCGCUACCCGCUCCCAGAAACCGAGACCGUUUCCCUGAGCCGGAGUACAUCAACGGCAUUCAAUACAUCAAAGAGGUCGGAGUUAAGGAAGGAAGCAUCAGCGAGUGCAGUGGGAGCGGCUCCAUGGAGAAAAGGCGACGCCGGAGGAGCUGCGGAUCCGUCAGCAGUUCCAAGUCUGGACGCACAACUCGACGCAAGGCACCUGACCCGAGGAUAACCCGUCGCACCGGAGUUAAGAAAUAUCUGAGCCAAACCAACUUCAUCGCUGCUCCCGUCUCGAAAGAAUCGAAAGGAAAAUAUCGCAAAGGUUCGCAAGGCGACGUCAAAAGACCCGAACGCGUCAAAGAACAGACUUCAGCUCCCUCAGCACCGGCCGAAGACAAGAAGUCGACGACGCAACUAAACACGUCGUCCUGCUCUUCAAACUUCUCGAAUAACGGGUCCGGAUUUCUUCAUCAGCAAUUGCUGCAGCUGCUGGCCGAAAACAAUCAUCUGAAGCAAAUUAACGACAAACUCGAGGAUCAGCUCGAACAGUACCGCCGUCGCGACGAGAAACGCGACCAGCUGCUGAAAAAGUACAAAACCAUGGGCGCAGACGAGCAAGUGCUCCAGGUCCGGAAUUACUUGAGCAAACUCCGAAGACUGUUGCGCAGCGAGGAAUGUCACGUCAUGAUCGACACUGUAGAGCACUUCGUUGAAGAGAGAGCUUUGACGUUAAAAGCCGACAGAAAACGCUGA